UCAAUUAUCAUAAUUACAGCUGAAGAUUAUGAUGAUCCAGAUACAAAUAAUACUAAAGUAAUUUAUAAAAUCCUUAAUAAUUCUUUGAUAAAUGCUGAUUAUCAUUACGUAGAAUCUUGUAAAAAUCCCUUUAAAUUAAUUAUGGAGAAUUUCAAAGAAGCGCGAAUAUUAACAGACCGAAAUUUGAACAGAUGCUACGGAACCUGGGCAGUUACGAUUUACGCUCAAGAUCUCGGAACGAAUCCAGGUCCUUUAAAUGAUACGAAAACCUACUAUUUACAAGUAACUGACUACAACUAUAACAUUCCGGUUAUCAAAUUUCCAAUCGCUGGAAAAAAAAUUGCAUUGAGUGAGAAUCAAACAAUAAAUAGUCGAUUAAAGACUUACGAUAAACAGCAACUUGAUGAUUUCGUCGCUUCAGAUGAAGACAAUGGUCCCAGUGGAACAGUAGUAUUCACAAUAAGCGGAAAUAAUGAUGACCACAAAUUUUUUAAAAUUAUAAGUACGCAAAAAAAUUCUGCACAGCUCCAAUUAAAAAAUUUAUCAAAUAUUACAGAGCAAAACUCGUAUCAAAUAAUUAUCACAGCAACGGAUGAAGGUGAUCCACCAAAAACUGUUUCACAGGAGUUAGAAAUAAUUUUUGUAGCAACUCUGGGACCAAAGUUUGUUCGAAACGAUUGGACAGUGUGGGUCGAAGAAAAUACAUUGAUCUUGAGUGAAGAUAUAAUAUUACCAGAAGUCCAUGAUAAUAUUGGAAACGAUGAAAACAUUGUAAGGAUAUAUUGUUUCAUCGAUGAUAAAGUUGGUGAUCAUGAGUUUUUCAAAUUGGACAAAGAUACAAGGAAUCUAACAAUAACAAAAGCAUUGGAUCGUGAAACGCAAGACAUUAUGUCAAUUCUUAUUAUUGCAACACCAAACAGUGAAGGUCCUCCAAGAGACCCUCGAAAAGAAGCUACUCUCAAUAUUACGAUUAUCGUGGUCGAUGAAAAUGACAAUGCACCAUCUUUUGAAAUAGAUUUUUAUUCUGGUGGUAUUACAACGAGUGAUCCAGUCAAUAGGACGAUUUUAAUCAUCAAGGCUACAGAUGCUGACCUCAAUGAAACUUUAAUGUACAAAUUGAUUGACAAUAGUAUUAAAGUUUCUGACUCAUCUCUAACCGGAAUCGAUAAUCCUUUUUUACUUGACAGUCAGUCAGGUAAUUUAUUAUUAAAAUUUAUACCUCAAAAUUCGAUGACAGGAUUUUUCACUUCAAUUGUUGCUGUUUACGAUGCAGUUAAGCACAACAAUUCAGCUGUAAUACAAAUAUACAUUAUCGCUGAGGAUAAUCGAGUGAUUUUUACAUUUCAAAAUAGUGCCACUUAUGUUAUUGAGAAGCGAAUAUUUAUUAUUAAAUCGUUUUCCAAACAGUUUGGAUAUACUUGCAACAUUGAUGAAAUAAAAAGUGAUACUGGCAACAGCAAUCAAGCUUUUGAUAACCGUACUACACUUAUAUCGCAUUUCAUUGAUCCAAAUAAUAAUUUACCUAUUAAAGCAAGUACUAUAGUUUCGGCAUCUAGCGAUUUACAAAUUGUGACAAAUUUAAAAUCGAUUCUUCUAACGGAAUCAUUAUAUUUGAUCGAUGUUCCAACAAAAAGCUCAUUUACCGUUGACAAUAUCCAACAACAAAUCCAUUGGGCUUUGAUAUCUUUAACAAUAUUUUUCUGUUUAUGUAGUAUAGCUAUAUUUGUUGUUUAUUUUAUACGAACACGAAGUUUGACAAAAAGGAUAAAUAAAAUAGCUAGUGAAUGGAAAGUUGAAACGCAAAAAAAAAGCUCAGAUCAUAUUCAAAGUGUACCAAUGACUAACCAAUUCUCUCUGACUGGUUCCAAUCCUAUUUGGAAAGCAUCAACAAAAGAAUCUGUUAAGAAAUCGGAUGAUAAUAUUAGCCAAACGAGUGGGGACUCAGAUUUCGUUGGCAUUGGAGACAAUCUUGAUUUUGGUUAUAAUAAUGACACAAUUAUAACAAAUCAUAACAUUGAUAUAACUAAUCAGAUCUACGCUCAUUUAUCGGAAGUGCCAAAACUGAUACUGAAUGAUUCCUAUUUAGAAGACAAAUAUUCUGAAAAUGAUAAAUCAUGUUGAAAUGACGAAAUUUCAUUUAUGAACCAUCAUCAAAAAUAUU